UCGUUCUAUGCCCUAAAAUGUCUGUUACCCAGUCACCUUUCUAACACGAUGUUCGCUUAAACCUCCCCAGAUUAGCAUACAAUGCUACAUAUAUACACACAACAGACCGUGAUUAACUGUAUACUCGAUAUCGUAUUCCACAAAGUGUUUAUGGCAUCUCCACAAAUCAAUUUUCUGGAAGAUAUUCGUAAUCAAGAGCUACAAGAAUCGAAUUUAUUAACUGCGAACAACGGAAAGGGCUGGAGACUCACUCCUUAUAGCAGUGCUGCCAGUGUGUCCCAUGUACCAUGCGACUCAAAUCAAGCUCAACACAUCCUCUCCCAAUCACUAAUGCAGUUCGAGGAUUAUAAAAUGGUUUUCGAGAAGCAGGUGGUACCCAAAAUAAGAGCCGACGAUUUGGUCCUAACACCCAUCCGUCAUCUCUCAGGAAAAAUGUGUCGUCGUCAUGGGGGGUGCCUGCGAGAAGCUCAGCAGUGUCGCACAGUGCAUGUGUUGUCGGGUUUGAUGAGAAGGAGAUUAAGUUAUCGCUCGCAGUGUUGGGUGUGGGGAUGGUCGCUGUUGAAUGUGGGACACAACUGUCAUGCGAGGAGAAUGCUGAACUGUCUUCAGCGUGGUCUUGCAAUGACUUUCGAAUCACUGCAUACCAGACUCGAACAGUACCAUCAUAUGAACACGAAACGAUGCGAGUCCCAUUCCGCGAGAAAGAGACUGAGUUGACCAACCCAGUGUGCCCCCGCAAGGGCUCACCAAUCGGCUGUCCCGUCGCUGUAUCCCACAGUCGGACAGUAUGAUCACCAAAACCAGACACG